AUGCUUCUCUCAAUGUUCUUCAUAUUCUUGUUCCUAAAUGUACCAUUCAAUAUAGCUGAUCUUCCGGUUCGUCGGCCGUCGAUUCAGGACCUUCAUCCCGAGAAAGAUAUUUUAAACGUUUUUUUGAAUCCUACAGUUGUUUCAACCGAUCAUGUCACGAUUGGCAAUAUUCUGGAUUUAGAUUUCAAAGCAAAGAACUUAAAUUACGAGCUUUAUACUAAGGAUAACACAGAACAACCUGUUUUUUUACGAGUGGGCGAUACUGCCCAGCUGAAGGAUUCACCGUUUAAUUAUACGUUGCCAACCAAGAUUCUUGUUCACGGAUGGACAGAUAACGGAAAUACUUUUUGGCUAAACGACGUUCGACGAAAUUAUCUCAGUGUUGGGGAUUAUAACGUAAUUUGUAUAAAUUGGUUCGCCGGCUCAAACAAGGAAUAUUUAACAUCCGUCAGACUUACACGUCAGGUGGGAGAAUACGUGGCUGAGUUUAUAGAAUUUCUCACAUCGGAGACUGAACUCUCCUUCGAUAAUAUUCAUAUUUUGGGACACAGUCUGGGUGCUCAUAUAGCCGGAUAUGUCGGUAAUUAUGUAUCAAAGAAGCUCGGUCGAAUUACCGGACUCGAUCCGGCCAGGCCAGCGUACGAGACACCCUAUCUGAAAGAUACAGAAGAACGCUUGGAUCCCACAGACGCUAAUUUUGUGGAUAUUAUUCAUACCUGUGCCGGUAGUUUAGGCUUUCUCAGACCUAUUGGCCACAUAGAUUUCUAUCCGAAUGGCGGAACAUUUAGACAACCUGGAUGUCCAUUCUCUACAAUCUGGAAUAACGAAAAUGACCCAGUUGGCAUUUUCGCAGAGUAUUGCAGUCACGGUAGAUCACAUCAAUUUUUUGCCGAGUCUAUCGUGCAUCCUAAUGGAUUUAUCGCAGUGCAGUGCGCUACUUGGAUAGACUUUCAACUAGGUAAAUGCAAUAAUUCCAAUACCGCUGUUAUGGGCGAAUUUAUCAGUUCUGAUGAACGAGGUAUUUUUUAUCUGGAAACCAACGCACAACCGCCGUUUGGGAAAAACGAGAUACGAUAA